ACAGAGAGACAUUCAGACACACACACACACUUGUGUGCGCGUGCCGGCAUUGUGGUGUUGCGCGCGGAAGGAACGCGUUUGUCUUUUAUUGUCGUCUGGAGAGGGGAGGGGAAAUCUCUCCUUGUUAUCCUGCCUGUUACCCUGCGCACACACACACAUACACGCACACACACCCACGCACACACAAAGAGCCAAGCUCCGGACUGCUGAAGCACUCAGUCUGACGGACUGUCUGACUCCCUCCUUUGCUCACCACUGUCAUCUCUUUCUCCGUCCGCGCGUGCAUCUGUCAUACGUUCAUUUGACUCCGCGGCGUGUCCUUCUCUUUUGUGACAGGCGGGAAAAAAAGGAUUGUCUUUUUCCUGCGUGUACAGUAAUGCUCUCUCGUUUUUGCUUCCAGGCUCACUACUAAAGGACCAAAAAAAGUGACAACUAAGGAAUCACUAUCCCACUCAAGGGUUCACUACUGUACAUUUACACACAAGUGUGUGUUUGUGUGUGUAAGAGAGUGAAAGAAAAAGAGAGAAAUAGAACGAAACGGAAAACAGAAAGAGAGAGAGAGAGAGAGAGAGAGAGAGAGAGAGAGAGAAAAAGAGGAGAGGAAAGGAGACACCGUCCGGCUGCACUGCCGCUCUGCUCUGCUCAGCUCUCCGCUCGUCCCCAAGUGCAUCAUCUGUCAGCGCACCUCUGUGGAUAUCAGUCUCCUGCCUGCACAGCGCCCUCCCCCUGGAGAGAGAGAGAGCGAGAGAGCGAGAGAGAGAGAGAGAGAGGGAGAGAGAGAGAGGAGCGCAGAGAGAUUAAGUGCUGCUGCAUGCCGGUGUGUAUGUGUGUGUGAAAGAGAGGCAAAGAGAGAGAGAGAGAGAGAGAGAGAGCACGAGAGCGAGCGAGAGAAAGAGAUUGAAGCGUUGGAUACGAGCGACAGCUCUAAUAGAGAAGUGAAGAGAUCCAUCCCCCUCCUCCAUCCUUCUACCUCUCCUCCUCCUUCUACUCCUCCUCCACUUUUUUUGCUCUUCAUCCUUCUAUCCUUCUGGCUUUCCUCGUCUCCUGUUCUCCAGCUCUCUCUGUUGUCCGUGCAUCGGAGUGCCAGUGAGCCAGUCAGCCAGCCAGCCAGCCAGCCACACACAGGAGCUCCUGCUACCCGCCGCUGAACAACACCUCCUCCCGCUGCUCAUCCUCCGCUGCCCUCACCUCCUCCUCCUACUCCUCCUCUGCCACCUCCUCCUUCUCCUCCUCCUCCUCCUCUGCCACCUCGUCUUCCUCCGCUUUUUGCCUGUGGUUCAGUCCGGUCCUGUCCGCCACUGCCUCCACCACCCGCUUCUCUUCUCUCCUCCUCUCUCUCCUUUUUUGUGAUCCUCUUGUACUGUGCCUCGCUCCGCUCCUCUCUUCCUCCUCUUGUCUCCCCCUCUGGCUCCCCUACUCUACUCUGCUCCGUUCCGUCUAUUCCCCCCACCUCAUACGGUAGACACUCACUCGGCUCAGCAGCUCACUUGCCUUGCUUUCCUUUGCUGGGAGUGCAUCCAUUACCGGCUGAGUGAACAAGAGAGAGAGGGAUCGAGAGGAAGAAGAGGGAUAGAGAAAGAGAGAGCAGAACAGAACGGAACAGAACAGAGGGAAGCCGGUCCAGCCUUUUGUCCUCUUCCUCUUCCUCAUCCUGCGCUUAUACCGGGACUAUUGUGGGACGAACGGUUUAUCAAGCCUAUCGGGCUAUCGGAAUAUCGGGCUGUCAAAACAUCGGGCUGUUGGGACUAUCGGACAAACUCGACUGUCAAACUCGGGAUUGUGGAAUAUCGUGAUAUCAUCACUCUUCUGCUGACAGGAUUAUAUCAUCUCCACGCCGGUCGGUCGUUUAGAGAAUCUGCGUGCUUUGCUGUCAAUGAGCGUUUUUUUGUGUGCGUCUGUGUGAGAGAGCUAGAGCUAGAGCGAGCGUGCCGUGCAGGUGUCUGUGUGCAUGUGCGAGCGUGUGCGACUGACUGACUGACUGACUGAGUGUGUGUCAAGUUCACUCCUCUCCUCUCCGCGGACUCUCAAUCUCUCCAUCUGUCCGUUCCGGUGCCGGAACCUUCCGUACCUGCUCGCGACUCACACACACAAGCGUCUGGCUCUCUCUCUCUCCGGUCUAGUGCCCUGUGUGUGUGUGUGUACAUCACGCACAGACACACAACACGCAAACGCACACAUCCCACGCAAGAACAGUUACAGUAAAUCAUCCGACGGAACUAGCAAGCACCAGGAAGCACACAGGCAACCAGCCUUCCACUGUGUUCCGUGCCGAUAGGUUGUGAUCGAACGCGGAUCGCUUCGCCCGUCGCCGACACACACACACACACACACACGCUCGUGUGCACGCGCACACACACAUCCUGUCAAGCACGCAGUCUCCUGGGGGCCAAAGGGAUUCAAUCUACAUGGGCAAGCGAUUGGAGCAGCAACCAAUGUACCCCCAGUACGCCUACUAUUACCCGCACUACCUACAGACCAAGCAGCCCUAUGCCCCACCCCCUCACCCCAUGGCCCCGCCCAGCCCCACCUCCAACAGCUGCAGCCAUCACGGCGGAGCAGAGCAGCUCAGCAAGACCAACUUGUACAUCCGAGGACUACCGCCGGGGACCACGGACCAGGACCUCAUAAAACUCUGCCAACCGUAUGGAAAAAUCGUGUCAACCAAGGCCAUCCUGGACAAGAAUACCAACCAGUGCAAAGGCUAUGGCUUUGUGGACUUUGACAGCCCGGCUGCAGCACAGAAGGCCGUGUCAUCUUUGAAGGCCACCGGUGUGCAAGCUCAGAUGGCCAAGCAACAGGAGCAGGACCCGACUAACCUCUACAUCUCCAACCUGCCCAUGUCCAUGGACGAGCAGGAGCUGGAGAACAUGCUCAAGCCCUUCGGCCACGUCAUCUCUACGCGCAUCCUCCGCGACGCCAACGGAGUCAGCAGGGGCGUCGGCUUCGCCAGGAUGGAGUCAACAGAGAAGUGUGAGGUGGUCAUUCAACACUUCAAUGGGAAGUACCUGAAAACACCGCCAGGCAUCCCAGCCCCUCCGGAGCCUCUGCUGUGUAAGUUUGCUGACGGGGGCCAGAAGAAGAGGCAGAGCCAGAGCAAAUACCCCCAGAACGGCCGGCAGUGGCACAGCGACAGAGAGAGUGGCAUGGCGAUAACCUAUGACCCCAGCACCAUGCAGAACGGGUUCUACUCUCCGCCUUACAGUAUCGCCACGAAUCGAAUGAUUGCACAGACGUCCAUCACCCCCUUCAUCGCUGCUUCACCCGUCUCCACAUAUCAGGUCCAGAGCACAUCAUGGAUGCCUCACCAACAGUACGUAAUGCAACCAACAGGUGCAGUGAUCACUCCGGCUAUGGACCACAGUAUGUCCAUGCAGCAGGCCAGUAUGAUGGGGCCUCUCUCCCAGCAGAUGAGCCACCUCUCCCUCGGCUCCACGGGGAGUUAUAUGACUGCCGCCGCUGCUGCCGCUCCUAUGCAGGGGACCUACAUCCCCCAGUACACUCCUGUGCCUCCCACUGCCGUCCCUGUGGAGGGUGUUGUGACUGAUGGGUCUCCCCAGUCCGUGGCCCCUUCCUCAGACGUGGGAGCCCCCCAGCCCCAGAUGACAGUGGACACCAGCGGAGAUCACUACCCCUACCAGAACAAAUAACAACAGGACAGGGAGAAUGUACCAGAGACAGCGUUGCCUUGAAACAGUGAGAGAGAAAAAGAAAUGAGAAGAGGAUGAGUGAUGGAGAAAAAGAGACAAACGGACAGACCGCUUCCAGAUUACCCAGGCACAACAAAAAAAGAAGAAAAAGAAACCCCCCAAAAAAUCAUCAAAACAGAAGAAAAAAAACGGGGAAAAAAUGAAAAGAGAGAAACUUUUUUAUGGCUGUGUCCUACCUGGCCAGAGAUGAGAGACGGAGGGAAGAGGAUGCUGCACUGGCCGCUGUGAGAACUCCAUGGCAACGCUUGACAAGGUAUCAUUGGCUAACACGCCAGCUGGGAUGAUGAUUUGGGUCUUGAGAUCUUUCUCCAAGAAACUCCUCAAAAAGAAAAAAAUGUAUAAAAUGACAACAAAAAAAAAUGAAAAAUAUAUAUAAAGACAACAAAGGUGAGCGCACAUACAGGUAGGAACGACAAGGUUUAUUUUUUUGGAACAGAUGAGGAAUUUGGAGGAUUUUGGAGAACUGCAGAUGGUCUUCCUCAGAUAUUAAGCUAACGUUUCUUUUUUCACACUUCCUCAAUUUUUAUUUCCUUCCUUUUCAAAAAUUUUAGUUUUAUAGAGAUCCUCAAUAAUGUGUUUUUUCUUGACUGUUUAUUGCCUUAAGUUGGAGGACGUCACGUCACCGGCACGGCGUCCCAUACAUGUCUCGUUUGAAACAGAAGUGCGUUGUUCUAUUGGCUCCUCGCACUUCUCAGUGGUAUGGAGAGCUAUACACACACACACACACAGAGUCUAGAGAUAAAGAGAUAAACCUAUCAAAUAAGCUGUACAGAUUUCAUAAGACAUGAGCUUUUCAUUUCUUCAUUUGAAGAAAACAAACAAAGAAGAAAAAAAAACGUUUUUCGGGGUAUUUGCUGUGUGAGAGUCUGAAUUUUAAAGAUGAGAUGCAAAAUAAUGUGGGGCAGAAAUAGGAGGACACAAGGCGUUUGAGAUUUUCCACACAGAUGUUAAAAGAAUCACAUGUGUACUGCGUUUUAGUAAAUGCAGUUUCUUGCAAAUGAUGAAGCUGUUUUUUAUUACCAUGGUUAUAAUUUUACAUGGCAAAAAAAAGAAAUUGCUGUCGAUAUCUUUAGUGCUUUUUAUCUGCAAUCUUUGACCUUUUUUAUGACGUUAACAUGUUUUUAGCCCGCUUUGCUUGUCCCACUGCGAAGACAGAAAAUGAAUAAAAAAUAAAAAAUAAAAAACCAUGACAAAAAGACAAAUGAAAAAAAGAAAUAAAAAAAAUAAAAACAGAAGAAAAAAUUACUUGCAAUGAUUCAACUUGGUAGAUUCAGUAGGAGCUUAUGGUCUAAAACCAAUCAGUGCAAAAAGCAAUAGAAGAAAUUGUUGACAAUUUCUGUAGACUUUCCUAGUUGUGGACAUGCAGCCAGAGGGAUGGCCAUUUUUAUACCAAAGAUGAAGGGACACUCUGAAACAGAGAACAAUUUUUGGUGUUUAAGUUUGUUUAUUUUUCUUAUUUUUUCUUUGAUUUUGUUUCUUUUAUUGUUGAUGUCAGUGUUGAUGUUGAUGUUUGUUGAUAUUGACUGUUGUUGUAGCUGUUGUCAUGGUUGUUCUUGAGGUGACCACACGAUAGCCGGUCCAGGUCUGUCUUCCUCGUCCUCGUACCUUUUCUUGUCUUUCUUUUCUUUUUCUACUUUCUCUUUUCUUUUUACGUUUGAAGAGUUUAUUUGCAAAACGGUGUAUCCACCAUUUUUGACUUUUGCAUGUUAUUAUUGGAAAUGACUGGUCAGAGGUCCUAUCACCUUUGUGUGAAUUGUUGCCAUUCUAAUAUUUUGGGAAUAUACUUUUUAAACCCAUAAAAAAACAGCAUUUGGCAAUACAAUGCAAUGGAAUGUCCAAUACAAAAUGUCAAUCGUCAACGUUUUGCAAAUAAACCCUUAAUUUCUUCAUUCUGAAAGGUUUAACGAUACUUCUUUCAUUCUCUAUACACUUUCCAGCAGUGUCAUCAGUAGCAUCCCAGCCAAAUGGGGGAUGGAGCAGGGGAAGGAGAUUUUACCAUCUAGCUGUUUGUAGUUUGGCAGAGACGUAUUACAUGUAUUGUGACGACCAAACGUCAAUGUUUGAGCAAAACCAGAUGUAAUUGUAUCAACCCUCAAUAACGUCUUCCCCUCCCACCUGAACUCAGCGCUCAAAUAUGUAGGUCAAGAUGCUCUAUGAAAUAAGCACAACGGUAAGGACCAAUGACUGCCCGUUUCACAUCCUAGCAAGGCUAGAACACUGGGGCCAGUUGCACCCAAUGGUCUUAGCUUAGACUGGUCGUAACUGGACAUUGGUAAACAGCCAGGGUGGUAGCCCUAAAGACUAUGUAUCUAUUGGCAUAAUUUAAAGAGAGCGCCCUUGAUUUGUGUCCAUAUCCAAGUAGUCCCAUAGGCCUAAUGGAACACCAAUGGAACACUACAAUAGCGGUUGAAAGGACAUAACUACUUUCCUACCACACUACUCCAACGUUACACAGAGCCUUUGGCAGUAUAUAAGGAAUUAUUCAUUGCCAUUCAGGUAGCAUCAAAUUUAUUCAAGGAUCCAUGUCUUAACAGGUUAAGCUUUUCUUUAUCACAGACAUAUAGUUUGUUGUGUCUCCUGGCCGUGGAAAGAUACUUGCACGGUGGCUGACCAGGGUGACACGGAAAAUGUGCAAAUGGAAAAAGUCUCACUGAGAAGCAAACAAGUCCCCAUUUUAACAGCAGAUGUCUGCUUGGACAGGGUUCACUGCACCAGACAGUACGGUCAGUGUGUGUGUGUGUGUGUGUGUGUGUGUGUGUGUGCGUGCGUGCGUGCGUGCGUGUGUGUCUGUGUCUCUGCGUUUCUCCCUGACUGCACACAUGAACAGCAUUUCUUCACUGGCACAGAGAGGGAACGCAAGACGAGCUGGGUGUGGGUGCGGGGUGACAGAGGGAGAAAUAAAAUAGGCAUACUAUGCAGGAACUGGAGUGCUAGAGAGAGAGGAAUCGGGUGAGAGAAGAAAGCAGAAGAGAGA